AUGGAGCGGCCCAGAUUUGCCAAGGAGCGGAAAGAGGUCCCAGAUGAAACCCAAGAGAACUCCAGGCCCCUGCACGCCCGCUUGCUGGGGCUCCCCGCCGCCCUGCCGAGCCUCCCCUUGGAGCUGGCCGUCCUCUGCAACGCCCUGGCCGCCGAGAUGCGCCCGCCCGGCGGCUGGCCCCAGCGCGCCUCGGCCUGGAUCGAGCGGGGGCUCCGGCGGGCGCUCGAGGCUUGUGCGGCGACCGAGGAGGGCCUCGACUCCGGGGAUCUGUGGCCGAGGGUCCUCCGCCAGGCCUCGCCCGAGGAGCUCCGGGGCCCCUUGCACCACCUGGCUGCCCUGCAGGCGGCCUCGUGGCUGGCCGACCACCAGCUGGAGAGAGCCCGGGAGCUCCUGCGGCUCCUCAGUGGUGCCCAGAUCCCGGGCUCUCCUUGCGUUGGCUGUGACAGUGAGCUCCUUUCCCUGCUGCAGAUAUGGCGCCCCCAUGAAACGGGGGAGUCUGACCCCCUGGUGGUGCAAAACAUCUCCGACUUGAAAGACAUUCUGUGGGCCUCAGCGGCCUUCCUGCAAGGUGUUCAGCAGCUGGAAGCUGACAACCCCCAUGGCGCCCUUACCUUCCUCCAAGCGGCUGUGUCCGGGCUCUGUUCUAAGCGGAUCCUCGCCCAGAUCUUCACCUUGAUGGGAAGCUGCUACUGGAAAAUAGGCAAGCCGCACACAGCGCUGGAGCACCUGAAGCAGGCCCUGCAGACGGACCCCACCUUCCUGCCGGCCCUGUACCAAGCAGCUCUCCUGUACCACCGACUGGGGCUCCUGGAGGCCGAACUGGAAGCUCUGCUGCUGCUUUGUCAGGCCCUGGAGAGUCCUCCACCAGUAACCCCAGAGUCCCACGACCCCCAUUUCCUCAUCCGAACGGAGCUCCUCACCAGCGGAUGCCGCCCAGCUGCUUUCCUUGCCCCGAGCUGCCCAUCAGGGGUGAAAUACAUGCUGGCCAAGAGGUGUUUGCAGGCGGAGAGGGCAACAGAGGCUGCAGAACAUUACCUGGACCUCCUGGCUCUCUUUCAGGAAGGGCCUCUUCCCCAGGUGUCCCAGUGCAGCGAGCCGGCCGUGCCCAGAAUUUCAGAGGUCUUCCUGGAAGCGGCCUCUGCUCUGGAGGAGGCAGCCAGGCACCAGGAAGCCGUCGUGGUGUGCGAAGAGGUGGUCUCCCACACAAGCAGGCUGAUCCCGGCCAAGCUGCGCAUUGUGCUGGACCCGAGUUCUGCAGAGAAGGCCGUAGGGGCAGAGAGGCCCUUGGCAAAAUCUCCUGCUGCUGCUGCUGCCGCCCUGGAAGAGCAGAGAGAGAGCCUGCGCUGUGUCCUCUGGCAAGCGGCCGCCCACUUGAUCCAGGGCUGGGCAAGAGCCCGGCUGGGAGAAACCAAGGAAGCCAUAAGCAGCUUUAGCAGGUGUCUUAAUGAUCUCCUGAGAGUCCAUUUGGUCAGCACAGGCAGCGGCAGAUGUGAACCGGAGGGAGGGCAGGCGGCCGUACCCGAAGCAGAGCUGCUCCCCCAAAUCAGACUCCUGGCCUUGACAGGACGAGGGAUCCAGUUUCUAGAGCUGGGGAGGUUCAAAGAAGCCUUGAGGGAUUUUCAGUACAGCCUGCAGGUCUCUCCAGACAGCGGCACGCCUACCUUAUACUUGCUGCACACCCUCUGGAAACUUGACCGGAAGCAGGAGGUGGCUGCCCACUGGCCGAAGCUCCCGUCGGAGCCUGGCUUGAUGGAGGGAAACACGGGCAGAUCUUUCCCACUCUACCUACGAUCGUGCGUGAAACAGAUGGAGUUUCCCUGCAAGGAAUCCUUUGCCAAGGAUAUAAAAAGCUACCUCGCUGCAGAGAACGGCCAGGCGCUUUGUGGCGGUGGCUUCUCUCCUCUCGCCAGCUUUACGCUCAGCUGCAGCUCCCCCUCCCGAAAGGGGCUUCUCCAGAGUUCGCUGGAGCCCGUGGGAAGAAGGCCACGCUUUCUGUUUUGAGUUCCCAGGUUUGGGGGGGGGUGCAGGGGAGUGGGAGGGGUGACCUUUCUUAAUGGCAGCAAAGAGCGUUCUUGCUCCCACAUGAAUAUCUGCCAGGGGGCUCUGGCUCAUGGAGCUGGCUGGUGUGACUCAGGAGGGCUUCGUGCUCAGGGGGAAGGGGCAGAGUAGGCGGCCCCCCCCCUUCGUAGUGUGGGGGACGGGGGGGGGGAAUCCUCAACUCCCGCAGCCGUUCAGAGGAGACCAGCCUUGGCUUCCAGGGCCUCCGUGGCCAGAGAGCCUGGAUCCCAGAAGGCAUCCUGGUGGGGUGAGACCCGCUGGAAUGUGGAGCUCAACCCAAAUGACCCUCCAAAGCUUUGGCCACCGUAAGACUUGGGGACUUCAGCUCCCAGGAUUCCCCAG